AUGGAUGCUCGUGAUUCUGCUAACGAACUGGAAACAACACCAGAUGUGAUUGUGACUGGAACUGCAAAGAGCGGUGGUGCUGGACCAGCCAUUGGUCUUUUCGACAUUGGCGUUAAUGAACAAGCAUAUUUUUUCCGUGUUGUACUGCCUGGCAUGCGGAGAAAUGAAAGUAAUUUAAAAUGUGAAAUCGAACAUGAUGGGACUGUUCACAUAGAAGGUGUGGUGGCAGCCAUUGAUGCUCGACUUCUCAAAGAUUCAUCCAAAGUCUUGCGGAUGAGACUCCAGCAACUCAGCCGUCCGGGGGCAUUCACCAUUUCUUUUAGGUUGCCCGGGCCUGUUGACCCUCGACUCUUCUCUGCUAAAUUCCGGGAAGAUGGUAUCCUGGAAGCGACCCUGUUAUCAUCGUCUGAGGCCCACGAACUGCCCAUGAAAAUAGGACCACGCGGAUUCCCUCGUACACAAUCCCUUUGUCGCUUGUGA